AUGCAGACUGCUUCUACAAACAUUAAUGAAAUAAUGGGGCACUCUCAGGAGCUCAGUGAAUUCAAGCGUGGUACCGUGAUAGGUCGCCACCUGUGCAAUAAGUGCAUCCGUGAAAUUUCUUUGCUACUAAAUAUUCCACGGUCAACUGUUAGUGGUAUUAUAACAAAGUGGAAGCAACUGGGAACAACAGCAACUCAGCCACGAAGUGGUAGGCCACUUAAAGUGACAGAGUGAGGUCAGCGCAUGCUGAAGCGCACAGUGCAUAAAAGUUUCCAACUGUCUGCAAAGUCAAACUUCUUUUCCAGUGAAGGGAACUCUUAAGGCGUCAGCAUACCAAGACAUUUUAGACAAUUUCACG